GCAUUGAAGCUGCCCAGGUUCUGGGAAGAGGCAGGCGGGCCAGGCUUGGAGACUUCCAGGCAGAAGCAGGAAGAACAGAGGGGCGAAGACACUGUCCUGGCUCCUCUUUCAUCCGUUAUGCCCACCCUUUCCGUGUUCAUGGAUGUGCCCCUGGCCCAAAAGCUAGAAGGCAGCUUGCUGAAGACCUACAAACAAGACGACUACCCCUACAAGAUGUUCCUGGCCUACCGAGUCUGCAUGACCAACGAAGGCCAGCCCUGGGUCUCUCUUGUGGUGCGCAAGACCCGGCUGCAGAUCUCACAGGACCCCUCCCUGAACUACGAGUACGUGCCCACGGUGGGCAUGGCGUCCUUCCUCCAGGCCUCCCUGGAGCUCCUCUUCGGGAAGCACAGCCAAGCCAUCGUGGAGAACAGGGUAGGGGGUGUGCACACCGUUGGGGACAGUGGCGCCUUCCAGCUCGGGGGCCAGUUCCUCAGGACCUGGCAUAAGGACGGUCAGAUGGUUUACAUCAUCUCUUCUCAGAAAGAGCCGCAUGGACUGGUCUUCCGGGACCUGGGCUACACCGUGUAUGAGUUCUGCAUCUGGAACCCCAAGCAGCUGUGCUCGGACUCCAACGUGCUCUUCAGUGUGGUGCAGCAGAUCCCGCGCGGCUGCAUCCUGGUGAUCGGGAACAUCGUGGACUGCAAGCUGAGCCUCGGUCAGUGGGCCAAGUUGAUGGGUACCAUGAAGAACAAGCAGAUAUUCCCAUUUUUUGACAUUCCCUGUCAGGGUCUAUACACUGGUGACCUGGAAGAAGAUGCUAAAAUCUUGCAAUACUUUGUGUCUCACGGCUUCGAGUUCUUCUGCAGCCAGUCUCUGUCCAGGAAUUUUGGCAUUUACGAUGAAGGCGUGGGGGUCCUGGUGGUGGUGGCGCUCAACAACCAGCACCUGCUGUGCGUCCUCUCCCAGCUGAUGGCCUUCACGCAGGCCCUGUGGCUGAACCCCCCGACCACGGGCGCGCGCAUCAUCACCUCCAUCCUCAGCAACCCUGCUCUGCACGGAGAGUGGAAGCAGAGUCUGAAGGAGGUGAUCGAGAACAUCAUGCUGAUCAAGGAGAAGGUGAAGGAGAAACUCCGGCUCCUGGGGACGCCUGGCUCGUGGGACCACAUCACUGAGCAGAACGGGACCCACGGCUACCUCGGACUCAACGUCCAACAGGUGGAUUACCUGGUCAGGAAGAAGCACAUCUACGUCCCCAAGAACAGCCGGAUUAACUUCACGUGCAUCAACGCCAGCAACAUAGACUACAUCACCCAGAGCAUCAGCGAGGCUGUGCACCUCACAGGAGGCGCGGGGCUCCGAAGCGCGUCCUCCGAAAACAAGUGAACGCUGACGGGGUAAAACUUUUAGUUUGUGCAAAGGUCUUGUGCUGACUUUUCACUGCUGCAGUUGGUUUCUUUACAAAACACCUUCUUCACCUACUUGUGGAGCAGUCGUCAUCUUGAGGUGGAAAGCAUGGAGGCAGGUUCCAUGCAGUGACAAAGUGGAGCGACUCCGUAACAGCAGACGUAAGACUCAGAACGAGGGUUGUUCCCACAUACCAAGGUUUGCUGGGAUGAACUCUUCUAUAGUUGUAUAAUGAGAAAAAGGAGUUCGCCAAAGGGGCUGGCAGGUGAUGUGGUGAUUAAGGGCGCUGGACUUCCAUGGCUGACCACGG